AUGUCCCUUUUUAGAUCCCUCCAAAAUCAACCUAGAAUUAUAACCCUGUUUACACACGAUGUGGCCAGCAAUCCAAGCACUUUAAUUAUGCAGCAGUUGCGCGCAGGGCCAGCCGAAAAAUACGAUAUAGAAGUCCACACAAAGUUUCCCACAUUGGAUCAAUUAAAAUAUCUAAAUGGCAUUGACGGUGCCAUGCUUCAAUCUCAAAUCCCGAAACUUGCCAGUCUCAUGCAUAAAGACAGUAGCUUCGGGACGUUUGGUAAAGAUUUGAGAGAAUGCGUUAAACUCAAAGACUGGAACGCAUCCUCCUCUCUGUGGGUUGACUGGGAAAAGCGAAAGAUGGGCAACGAUGCUAGCAGCGUCAAGUCCUUACUUGAAAAACUUUGA